GCCACCAUGAGGGGCACUGUGAGCUUCCUUCCAGAGGAUGCCUUGCUGAGCCUGGGCUCUGUCAUCGACAUCGUGGGCUUGCGCAGGGCUGUCAAGGAGGCCCUCUCUGCCGUGCUCCCCGGAGUGGAAACAGUCUACACCUACCUUCUGGACAGGGAGUCCCGGCUGGUGUGUGAGGACCCUCCCCAUGAGCUGCCCCAGGAGGGAAAAGUCCGAGAGGCUGUGAUCUCCCAGAAGCGGCUGGGCUGCAAUGGGCUGGGCAGCGUCUCGGACCUCCCUGGGAAGCCUUUGGCCAAGCUGGUGGCCCCACUGGCUCCUGACACCCAAGUGCUGGUCAUACCGCUGGUGGACAAGGAGGCUGGGGCUGUGGCAGCCGUCAUCUUGGUGCACUGUGGCCAGCUGAGUGACAGUCAAGAAUGCAGCCUUCAAGCCGUGGAGAAGCAUACCCUGGUGGCCCUGCGAAGGGUGCAGGCCCUGCAGCAGCGCGGGCCCGGCGUGGCCCCCGAAACUGUCCAGAAACCCCCGGCGGGGACAGCGGGAGACCAGAAGGGCCGGGUUGGAUACACCCACAACGACGGCAAGAUCCUGCAGCUGUGCGGGGAACUCUACGAUCUGGACGCCUCUUCCCUGCAGCUCAAAGUCCUCCAAUACCUGCAGCAGGAGACCCAGGCGUCCCACUGCUGCCUCCUGCUGGUGUCGGAGGACAAUCUCCAGCUCUCCUGUAAGGUCAUCGGAGAUAAAGUGCUGGAGGAAGAGAUCAGCUUCCCGUUGACAAUGGGACGCCUGGGCCAGGUGGUGGAAGACAAGGAGUGUAUCCAGCUGAAAGAUCUCACCACAGAGGAUGUGCGGCAGCUGCAAAGCAUGUUGGGCUGUGAGCUGCAGACCAUGCUCUGUGUCCCUGUCAUCAGUCGGGCCACGGACCAGGUGGUGGCCCUGGCCUGUGCCUUCAACAAGCUCGGAGGAGACUUAUUCACGGAUCAGGACAAGCACGUGGUCCAGCAUUGCUUUCACUACACCAGCACGGUGCUCACAAGCACCCUGGCAUUCCAGAAGGAGCAGAAGCUCAAGUGUGAGUGCCAGGCUCUUCUCCAAGUAGCAAAGAACCUCUUCACUCACCUGGAUGACGUCUCUGUCCUGCUCCAGGAGAUCAUCACAGAGGCCAGAAACCUCAGCAAUGCUGAGAUCUGCUCUGUGUUCCUGCUGGAUCAAAAUGAGCUGGUGGCCAAGGUGUUCGACGGGGGCGUGGUGGAAGAUGAGAGCUAUGAGAUACGCAUCCCGGCGGACCAGGGCAUAGCGGGCCACGUGGCGACGACAGGCCAGAUCCUGAACAUCCCGGACGCCUACGCACACCCGCUUUUCUACCGCGGCGUGGAUGACAGCACGGGUUUCCGCACGCGCAACAUCCUCUGCUUCCCCAUCAAGAACGAGAACAAGGAGGUGAUCGGUGUGGCCGAGCUGGUGAACAAGAUCAACGGUCCAUGGUUCAGCAAGUUCGAUGAGGACCUGGCCACCGCCUUCUCCAUCUACUGCGGCAUCAGCAUCGCCCAUUCCCUCCUUUACAAGAAGGUGAAUGAGGCCCAGUACCGCAGCCACCUCGCCAAUGAGAUGAUGAUGUACCACAUGAAGGUCUCUGAUGACGAAUACACCAAACUGCUCCAUGACGGCAUCCAGCCUGUGGCUUCCAUUGACUCUAACUUCGCCAAUUUCACCUACACCCCUCGCUCUCUUCCCGAGGAUGACACUUCCAUGGCCAUCCUCAGCAUGCUACAGGACAUGAAUUUCAUCAACAACUAUAAAAUUGACUGCCCGACACUGGCCCGGUUCUGUUUGAUGGUGAAGAAGGGCUACCGGGACCCACCCUACCACAACUGGAUGCACGCCUUCUCUGUCUCUCACUUCUGCUACCUGCUCUACAAGAACCUGGAGCUCACCAACUACCUCGAGGACAUCGAGAUCUUUGCCUUGUUUGUUUCCUGCAUGUGUCACGACCUGGACCACAGAGGCACAAACAACUCCUUCCAGGUGGCCUCGAAAUCUGUGCUGGCUGCGCUCUACAGCUCUGAGGGCUCUGUCAUGGAGAGGCACCACUUCGCUCAGGCCAUCGCCAUCCUCAACACCCAUGGCUGCAACAUCUUCGACCACUUCUCCCGGAAGGACUAUCAGCGCAUGCUGGACCUGAUGCGGGACAUCAUCCUGGCCACGGACCUGGCCCACCACCUGCGCAUCUUCAAGGACCUCCAGAAGAUGGCUGAAGUGGGCUAUGAUCGAACCAAUAAGCAGCACCACAGCCUCCUCCUCUGCCUCCUUAUGACCUCCUGUGACCUCUCUGACCAGACCAAGGGCUGGAAGACCACAAGGAAGAUUGCAGAGCUGAUCUACAAGGAGUUCUUCUCCCAGGGAGAUUUGGAGAAGGCCAUGGGCAACAGGCCAAUGGAGAUGAUGGACCGUGAGAAGGCCUACAUCCCCGAGCUGCAGAUCAGCUUCAUGGAGCACAUCGCCAUGCCCAUCUACAAGCUGCUGCAGGACCUGUUCCCCAAAGCAGCAGAGCUGUAUGAACGCGUGGCCUCUAACCGUGAGCACUGGACCAAGGUGUCACACAAAUUCACCAUCCGAGGCCUCCCGAGUAACAACUCGCUGGACUUCCUGGAUGAGGAGUACGAGGUGUCUGAGCUCGAUGGCACUGGGGGCCCCAUCAAUGGUUGUUGCAGCCUUGACACUGAGUGAGCCACUUCCAGGGCCCUUCCCUGCCCAGGUCUCCUCCUGUAAACCCUCCACUGGCCUGGCCAGAUGCCCUGGGACCGGAGCCAUGGGUCCUGGGUUCUAGGCCAGAACUUCCCAUUUGACCUGGGCAAGUAUUGCCCUUCUGGGCCUCAGUGUUCUUGUCUGUUUAAUGGAAGCAAGACUUCCAGCCUCACCAAGACUUUGUCACUUGUCCUCUGAGAGCAUAGGGAUGACCCAUGAGCAGUGGGCCCUGCUCUGCACCUCUGAUCACACCUUGGCAAGUCCUCCCCAAGCCACUCCUUCCCCGAGGCAGCCUGAACGGUUUCUCCUGGGCCCCAGUCUUGCUCUACCAGAUUGGUACCCUUUUUCCCUCUUCAGGAUCCUCAUGCAACAGAGGGUGGGUCUUAGAAUCAGUCAUUAGCUCUGCUGGAGGACUAGAAAUAGCCACAGGUGCCUCUGAGGACCGCCACUACACUUAAGGUGAGGAUGGGGUUCUGGGGGAGAUGGAUGCAGAUCCCACGAGGAAGAUGCCAGAGGGGCGCUCAGUGCUCUGGGGAGAAAGGGCUCAGGAAGAACCAGGAUGGAAACCAUGGGCAGGAAGGACCCCUGGGCUGGGAGACCGGCCCCUGUUGAGUCAGCAAUGCUUCCUCCUGGUUGUGUGACCCUGGGCAAGUCCCUUCUGGGUGAAACAGGAGGGUGAGACAAUCAGUUCUCUGAGACCCUUUUAGAUAAAAAUCCCAUAGCUCUUUGGAGUCCUAGGAGAGGCCAUCGAAUGCCCCUAACAUCCUAGGGCAGAUAGGGGUGGCCCCUGAGUGUACCCCCUUAGCCUGAGUCUCUCCCCCAUUCCUGCAGCCAGAGAGAGACCUGGCCUCAGUCCUGGCAGGGUGUCUCUCCUCUUCAAGGCCAUAUCCACCCAUGCCCCAGGGCUUGGGAGACCCCACAGGGCCAGGCUCUUGGGUCAGCCCGGCAGCUUCUCCCUUCUCCUUUGUUCUGUAUGUGUUGUGGGGUGGGGGGAGGGGGGCCACCUGCCUUACCUAUUUGGAGUUGCCUUUAGAGAGGUGUGUUUUUUUAGGACUCUGUGCAACUGUUGUAUAUGGUCCCGUGGGCUGACCGCUUUGUACAUGAGAAUAAAUCUAUUUCUUUUUACCACA